GCCACGCCCCUCCAGGCGUCACGCCGCGGUGUCGAUAGGAAAAUGUCAGGCCGUUCAGUGAGAGCCGAGACCCGAAGCCGGGCCAAAGAUGACAUCAAAAAAGUGAUGGCGGCCAUCGAGAAGGUCCGCAGAUGGGAGAAGAAAUGGGUGACGGUUGGCGACACAUCCCUGCGGAUAUUUAAAUGGGUUCCUGUCAUUGAUGGAAGAGAUAAGGAGAAAGUCAAAGGCAGUGCCACUCACUCAAAUUCUUCAUCCACUGGCAACUCCUCGCUUCUGCUGGAAUUUCAGGAUGAAACCAGUAACCAAAGCUCCUUGUCAGAUGCAUACCAACCAAAGGUGGAAAGCAGCACCUCCAGCCCAAGCCCCACACAUAGCGAGUCCCCCAGUCCAGUGCACACAGCAGACUCCCAGCCCCCAACACUGGGACAGGAGAGUCUGGAUGAGCCCUCUGUGCCUUCUUCUGAGGUAGCAGAUGAACCCCCUACUCUGACUAAGGAGGAACCUGCGUUAUCUGCUGCCCAGGCAGAAGAUCCGGAUGAGUCUGGAGCGCCACCGUUGAAGAGAGUGUGUCCCGAUGUGCCUUCCCGUCCUCCCACUGCACUGAAAAGCUAGUGCCCAAUGAAUAUACCAUUAACCCUUUUGCUCUGACAGCAUUUGAAAGCCUUAGAAGACAAUGUUUGCACUGGAGGCUGGAAGUUGUGCAAUUAGGAGGGAGUGAUAACCUGCCUCACAGAGGCCCAGUCCAGAAUGCAAAGCGAGAGAGUAAUAUUCUACAUCAUUAAUCACAUUCGUCAGAGGUACCGUACGGUACUAAUGCUUAGAUCAUUUCCAUAAACUGCCACAAGCUUAUUGUGCCAUGUUCCUGCUUUUUUUUCAGUUGGCCAUUACUAAUUGUACAACGUCAUGUGUUGCCUUUUCUUCUAUGAAGUCUGCGGAGCAUAUUGUUGCGUUACAGUUUCCGUGCCGGAUGAUUCUAAUCCCUUUCGAUUUGCUUUAUAAAGGGAAAUGAUAAAGCACAUAUGUAACACACCAUUCCCUGCCAUAUGCUGAAGGCCUUAACAGAACGUGGAGCACUUGAUGGGUGCACACUCCGCUGACAUGGCUCUCUGUCCAUUAACCAGAGGUUUUCCAAACCAAGCACUUCUAAAUUAUUCAAUUUAUAAUCUAGAUUACACAGCUCCAUUCCUUAUAGAAAAGUUCUAUAUUAUGCUACAUUUAUACUCCAUGUUCUUUUCUAGUAUUGGACAAUGGAUGUCGGAUGUGUUUCAUUAUAACAAAGAUAUUUUUAAUAAAUGAACCAUCCUGUUU